AUGGCUGAAAUCCCAGAGAACCGACCUGUAAGAUUCACAAUUACCCACUACCGUCAGCAACGACACUCGCAUGAGGCAUUCAUGAAGUGGAUGGUCGAGGAGCACUUACCUCUCGCCAUGCCCGUCUUCACCAAAUACGGAGUCAUUGAAUACUCGCUCUUUGUCACACCUCCUCCUAUGAAUGACGCAUUGAAACAGGAAAUCGGACAGCUUCGACAGAGCUGGGAUUUCGCUGACUUCGACUGUUUCAUCGAGUACACUCUUCCCGACGUGGAAACUAUCAAGAAAAUCAUGGGGGAUCCGGAGUGGUUGAUCGCGGUCAAGGAUCAGGAAGACUGGGUUCAGGUCUCCAAGGCUUUGGUUUCCCUGGGGUACUCUACCCCGUAUGUGCUGAACGGGAAGCCUGUAAACUUGUCAAAGUGA